CACCUAACACGCAAUCACUGGUGAGGAGCACGCGACUGACGUGAACAUGCUGCAGUCUGGUGUUAAAUGGAAGCGUAUAGCGUAAAGUAUCCCAGAAAGGAUUAACGCAUUAAAGGCUGAGUAAACAUCCGGGUUAAAGAGGUCUGAUUAGCCGAGCACGCGCACACACACUCACACACACACACUCACACACACACACACACACACACACACACAAGAGGAUCAGUGUAGAUAGCGAGACCUUUAUGGUACAGGAGUGAUUGUGAUGACUAAAACCCCCGGCAGCGCUGCUCCAUGUUCGGAUGUUGGAGACAUGAUCCACACGUUACACUGGCCGACUCCAGCAGCGCAGCAGAGCCGUGUUGUCGCCCUGCGUGCUGCUCCUCCUCCUGAGCUGCUUGUGACCUGCGAGCCCUGUGUGGCCCAAUACCAACAGAAGAAAAAGAGCGGACUUUCCUGUGGCUCUCAAGCCGAUGAGGAGUCGCUGUGCUCGGACAGCGGCUUCGGCGGCUCCCCCGCCUCCUCUCUCGGGCUCUCAGGCUGCUCCUCUUUGGGCCUCUCGCCUUCCUCCAGUUUUGAGGACGAGGACGAGUUUAACGUUAAUAAUGAAGGGAAAGAAACUCCGACACAGAACGACGUGGAGAAGAAUAAAAACAUGGUAAAUUGGUCUCCUGUUGUGGUGCCUUUGAACAAGCGUGCUCCCUGGGUCCAAGUGGUUGGUCAUGCAGGUAAUUUUCAGACAGCUGGUGAUGGGAAGCUCCUGAAGAAGUACUGUGCAAGCGAGCAGCAGUGUCUGCAGCAUCUCAUGGAUGACGUGCUGCGGCCCUUUGUGCCGUCAUACCAUGGCGUGACCCGGCGAGAUGAGCAGGAUUACAACCUGAUGGAUGACUUGCUGUCUUUCUUUGACUCUCCCUGCAUUAUGGACUGCAAAAUGGGAAGCCGGACCUACUUGGAGGAGGAACUGAAGAAAGCGCGGAAGCAUCCUCAGCCUCGUAAAGACAUGUUUGAGAAGAUGGUAGCGGUGGACCCUGAGGCUCCGACUCCAGAGGAAAAAGUCCAGCAAGCGGUACUUAAAACCAGAUACAUGCAGUGGAGAGAGACGCUAAGCUCCACAGCCACACUGGGUUUCCGAAUCGAGGGCAUCAAGAAAUCAGACGGUUCCUGUAACACCAAUUUUAAAAGGACAAAGUAUAAGGAGGAGGUGGUGCAGGCGCUGGACGACUUUGUUGACAGCAACGUCUUACUGCUGACAAAUUACCAACAGAGAUUAAAGGAGCUGCGGCUGGUGCUGGAGAAAUCAGACUUCUUCAAGACGCAUGAGGUGGUGGGCAGCUCUCUGCUGUUUGUUCAUGACCAGAGCGGCCGUGCUGGUGUGUGGAUGAUCGACUUUGGAAAGACCGUCUCAGUGCCUCCUCCUCUCACGCUGGACCAUCGCAGCCCAUGGGUGGAGGGAAACCGGGAGGACGGCUACCUCUGGGGCCUGGACAAUUUUAUUGACAUUUUGACUGACAUGCUCGCUGUGCAGUGAGAAGGAAUGUGCAUUUUAUCGCUUUCAAGCAAAUCUCUGUAAAUAUAACACUGUAAAUAGAUUUUUAUUUCAUUUUAUUUUUAAUAUGGUAUAGUUUAUAUUUCGUUUGUUGGUAUUUGGAUGGAACCAGUAACUUUGUGUCUGAGAAAAGAAUUUUUACUGUAGGUUCCAGUUUUUCAAGAAAUGUUGUCUUUAAAUCUGCUAAUAAGUGAAUCAUGACAUUUUGCGGUUAUUUUGCAGCCAAUAUAAAUCAAUGGUGCUUGUUAAUCUGGUGCACCAAUUACUGGAAAGAUGGAUUUGUUUUUAGAUUUUUGUUAAUGUUUUAAUUAUGUAUUUUUCUUUAUGCAGUCAAAUAGCUGAUGAAUUUGCAACUCAUACCCUGACCUAUGCUGUACUACACAUUACUUGGUGAGUUUACUUGCAAGAAAGAUGUGUGGCUCCAUCAACAGGACCAGAUAACUAUAUAUAUACAGCUGUGUCUGGAUAAUUCACUCUAGAGUCUUUUGCAGUUUUGGGCCCUACAGGGAACAUUGUCCUUUAAAUCUUGUAUAUAGUCGGCAUGUUUGUGCCUUGUUUACUACCGUAGACUUGAUGAUCAUGAUUCUGUGAUUAGAUUUCUGUGAAUUGGACUGUUCUAGUUCCUGAUACCACUACAGAUUGUUGUGCUUUCAUUUGUUGAUUUUGUCAACACAAUAAAUGUUAACUGGUGUUGA